ACACCUUACACUGGUUCGUAUGUUAACAGAUGUUAGUUGUUAGUAUCGAUACGUCAAAAGUCGAAACGUCAUCGGCACGAUACAAAACACGGGUAUAAAUAAAAAUAGUAAAUAAAACACACUUAAAAUGGCUACUAAAUCAUUUGCUAAUGAUAAAUACUCAAUUUUAUUACCGACUUAUAAUGAAGUUGAAAAUUUACCAAUAAUUAUAUGGCUUAUUGUAAAAUAUAUGGACGACUUUGGUUCGCCAUAUGAAAUAAUAAUUAUCGACGAUGGAUCACCAGAUGGUACUCUGGAGAUUGCUCAGAAAUUGCAAAAACUUUAUGGGGAAGAUAAAAUACUUCUGAGACCUCGAGAGAAAAAGCUAGGACUCGGUACUGCUUACAUUCAUGGUAUUAAACAUUCAACAGGAAAUUUUAUAAUAAUUAUGGAUGCUGAUUUGUCACAUCAUCCUCAAUUUAUUCCGCCUAUGAUCGAGUUACAGAGGAAGAACAAUUACGAUAUUGUAACAGGAACUAGGUACAUAAAUGGUGGCGGAGUUUAUGGCUGGGAUUUUAAAAGAAAGCUCAUAAGUCGUGGUGCUAAUUUUAUUACUCAAAUCCUUCUAAGACCAGGAGUUAGUGAUUUAACUGGUAGCUUUAGACUGUACAAAAAAGAUGUUUUACAACGACUGAUCGAAUCCUGCGUAUCCAAAGGCUACGUAUUUCAAAUGGAAAUGAUAGUAAGAGCUCGUCAAUUUAGUUAUACAAUCGGCGAGGUUCCUAUAUCAUUUGUCGAUCGAGUAUAUGGCGAAUCUAAACUCGGUGGCUCCGAAAUAAUCCAAUUUAUCAAAGGCCUUGUUUAUCUGUUUGCUACCACUUAAAAUUAACAAAAAUACUCGAUACCAAUCAUAAUACCAAUGAAUAUAUGGAUUAAAAUGCAUUCCACCUUUUGUAUAUAAUU